AUGACUGAUCAAUCUGUUGACGAUUUUGAACUUUCUGAUGAUAAUUCUUUAAAGAUUAUUGUUGUUGGUAGUGUUGGUAAAACAUGCAUGUUAAUUUCAUACAGUAAUAACGAAUUUCCAACAGAGUAUAACCCUACAGUAUUUGACAAUUAUACAGCUAACGUAGUUUACAAGGAAAAAACUGUCACAUUGGGAUUAUGGGAUACUGCUGGUACUGACGAAUAUGAUCAAUUGAGACCGUUAUCUUAUCCCGACACUCACAUUUUUGUUAUUGUAUUUGAUUUAACUAAUAAGGAUUCACUUGAAUCAGUUACGAAGAAGUGGGUUCCUGAAAUUAAAGAACACACUAAAGAUAGACCAGGUGGUGUACCAUUCAUCAUUGUUGGAAACAAAUUGGACUUGAGAAAUGACCCAAAGGAAAAGGAUAAAUGUGUUCCAAGAUCUGAUGGUGAAAAAGUUAAAACAAAGACUGGAGCUGCUCGUCUCUUAGAAUGUAGUGCCAAGACUCAAGAAGGACUGAAAGAUGUAUUUGAACAAUGCAUAGAAGUUGUCAUAGAAAACUACAUGAAAAAGAAGAAGGGAGGAAAGAAGGAUAAAUGUACACUCCAAUAA